AAUCGGUUACAACUAUAAAGUGCUCUAAACAAAGAAAAUUUAUAACACUUUAUAUCUAGCUACAAUUUUAACUUUUAGAACUAGAGUAUGUAUGUUUAAAAAUUCUAUACUUUAUGACAGAUACAAGUUUUAUAAAAGGUAUAUUCGUUGGAUUAUAUUCGGCAAUUAUCCGGUUAUUUUUUUGUUCUCAUAUGCGAGGAUUCUACCUGUUUGCAUCCACUCUUUAUCAUCCCGAGUUUCUUCCCGUGGCUUAUAAAUGCAAGGAUUAUGAAACUUUUAAGAAAGGAAAAUGUAGCGAAUGCGGGACAGAUGGAAGGAAUUGUGCGGCAAUUGGGAUUCACGCCGAAAAAUACGCGGAUAAAAUAAUAAACGGCACUGUAACGAUGUAUGCGGCGACAACAUUUACCGACGGAUAUUUCUUAUAUCAGUACCACGUGGAAGUGACUUUCGGCUUUACUGCAGACACCACUAUUGAAGUAGGAAAAUUAGUGUUGAUUAUUAAUUCCAAAAUAAUUAAAAUCUUGGAUAAAGACUUAUAUAUUCAAUAUGUGAAAAGUAUAUUUAAACCCGGAGCGACUUAUACCUAUUUAAUAACAACUACUCACGAUCUGGAGCCAAUAACAAAUCUUAAAGUAUUUUGGUAUAGUGUGCUACCUCGUAAGGAUAAUAAAUUGUAUAUUCAGUGCGUGAAAAUAGUACCCAUGAAUAAUCUACAAACAGAUCGUUUAAAGUUAACCACAUUUGGUACUACAAACGGAGAAGGUAUUCUUCCUCAUCACAUUGUAAAAUUGUAUUUAGGAAGACGUUGCGGACCUUAUUAAACACUUUUC